UUUUUUAUUAUUUUAUAGCGGUACAAUCAAAACAAAACUUCUUUUUUUUAACAAACUACACAAUUUGCAUACGUCAAGCUAUGUAUGCAUUUACUCUAGUUAUUGAAGGAAAUGGAGACGAAAAAGGCCAAAACGUAUAAUCGUGAUCCAUUUGCUGUUGACCCAUUGCCUAAAGCAUAUUACCACCCGACCCCUGAAAAAUCUCUGAGCAAGAAGCAAAAGUCAACAUCACUCUACCUUAAAUGUGAUCAAGAAGAGGAGUUAAGAAUAGAUGACGAAGAGGAAGUUGAGCAGCCUAUCUCCCCUUCGGAUGAAGAUUUCCUCAAGGGAGGCAACUCAUUCCUCACCCGACCCAUAGACUGGCCUAUCGCUGCAGGAAAUGAUGGCCACAGUUUGGAUGAAUCUUGGCCCGCAAGUGAAAGGCCUUCGUCAAUAAGCAUAACUGGUUUAGAAGACAGUGAGUUGGAUUUAGAGAACUACCAGUCUAUAGUUAAGAGGUUCACUACAACAACGGGAACAAAUCAAGAGAGACUGAGGAUGCCGGGUACCAACAAAGGAACAGGAAUACCCGAUAGUAAGAAAGCUUGCAGCAGCAGUAAGAUACCAGUGAAAGGGUCCGUCCAAGAUGGGAAGAAAUCGCAAAACAGCAAAAGGGUUCCCACAAACCAGGGAUCAAAUAAAGGGCCAGCAAAAACUGAGGUCAAUCAAGAUGGAUCUGUGUUGAAAAGAUAUAUAGAAAGGUUCAGAAACAGCGCCCCCAUGAGCAGAGAGGAACGGCAGCAGAAAUCAGAGACUGGUUCCAGAGAUUUCUGGUGGCUUUCUAAUAAAGGGGCCAUUCCCGUGGAUAGUUUCUUAGAAGAAGAAACAGUGGGAGAGAAAUCGUUACCUAGGCAACCAGAGGAAGAUCUAAGUGGUCCAGCACCAGCAUUGACUCGAGCAAAUCUUGAUAAAUACAAGAAUCUUCAGAAGCUGGCUGAUAGAAUGAAGUUUCCACAUGGUGUCCUGGAGUCGCCCGGACAGAAGCGGGACCAGGAACUGCAGGACAGGGCAGAGAGGCUCCUGGAAAAGAGUCUCAGCAGCACAGUCUCCACAGAACCAGCAGUCUCUACAGAGGGGCUGGGCAGCAACAUGAGUGACAUGUCCACACUGGAAGAGUACUCAUAUCGGCCGAGAUUCGCCGCAUACAUAAGCCCGGACCCAGCACCCUCAAGAGUCCCCUUUCCGGCCCCCUUACCAGGUCAGCGUCCCCUACCGGAAGAUGACCCCUUGCAGCAGUGGAGACUGCGCCGUCGCAUUGAGACUGCCCAGCAUGCGGCCCCUAAACAUGUGUCCCCCAAUUUUGACUUCCUGUCAAAGACGGAUCAACAGCGACAAAUUGAAGCCAAGUUGGAAGAGUUUAAACAACGCCUGGCUGGAAAGCAUUUACCAAGCAUUACAUCCAGACAGUCAGAAAAUGUACAGUUUACCCCGACGCCAAAGAAUAACCAGCAACUGCAUGUGACGUGUCAAGACUCCCAAGGUUCACACCAGCCACAGAUUGCCAGCCCCUCUUUGAAACAGUGCCGACCCCCAACUGACCCUUUAUCAGAGGUCGACCCUCACCUACAUCUCAUGUGUGACCUUUUACCUUGCCCACAUAGGGGGCAGUAUCAGACUUCUUGGGGGAAUCAGUCAGAUAACAUUAAGGAGAAGGGAACCAGAAAUGAAUCAAAGGGAACUAACUCCAUGGGAAACCAGUCUGAAAAAUUCAUGGGGCUGGAGACUAGAGAUAAUCUAAAGGAAAUUAGCUCAAAUGAGAAACAGCAUGAAAACUUUAAGGAGCUUGGAACCAGAAAUAUUCCACUGGGAAGAAAUUCCAAGCUUAGUCCAAGAACUUGUGAUAAUGUCUGUGAUAAUAAUAAUGAUAAACAAGAUUUAUAUAAGGAGAAACAGUAUAAACAGUAUCUGGAAGCUGAAAAACCAGACAUUGAAUCUAAUAAAGAGCCUGAAAAAGUAAGGGCCAGUGAGAAAGAUGUGAUAAAAAAUAGACAUAGGGAUCUAGAAAAUAUGGUGAAAGAAAUAAGGGUAGAUAAUGAUUGUGAUUCAGUCAGAGAAAGAGUUGAUAGGGAGAACCAAACAGAGAAACAAAACAAACAAAGGGAGAAUAAUAAUGAAAGACAAAUAAGCAAACAUGACCAGGAAGAAGAUUAUCCUGAGGAAGAAAAAUCUAAGAAAAUGUCAAAAGACAACAAGCCAAAAAAGUAUGGAAAUUCAUCUGGUACGAAUAAUGAGGAAAGUAACAGGGAGAAGGAUGCUUGUUCUGAGACAGAUUCAAGUAAAGAUCGCUCUAUCAAGCCUCAGCAUUCCAGUAGCCCUAACCUAGAGAGACGUGGUGUGAAGUCUGCUAUUGGCCAGGUUAUAAAGGAGCAUCUGUUCAGUACAUCAAUGAGUACAGUGUUAUCAAGUGUGGAGAGUUUACCACCAGCAGUGUCACUGGGGAAGCAGCAACAUCAGCAGCAGCAGCAAAAACAGCAUCCUCGGCAACAACCAAUGCAAGCAUUAGAAGAAGAUACAGAUCUGUAUGACUCUGAUGGGGAGUUUGUGGAUGAUGAGUUGCUCACAAUGUUACGUAGAAAGCGAGCCAUGUACGAAGAACAAUUGAGAGCUAUUGACAAGAAAUUGGAGGAGUUGAACAGAUAACCCAGAUAUACCCCUCAUCUCAAGCUAAUGGUAGCCAACAUCUUUGUCUCUAAUACAUACAUUUAGGCUGAACUAGAUGUGCAUCAAAACUGAUAAAAGCCAUGCUUUAUUUUAAUCGAUUUCAACUGUCAAUUUAGGGUCACUUUUACAUUAUUCAGACUCGCUUAUACGAUUUCUUUAAUUUCUUUAAUUAUGAUUUUUUAAUGGGAUGUUUUUGGACAUGUAUUAAAUAUUAUUAAUUGCAAAGUAUUAUUUGACUUUAACGUACUUGGCAUAUGAUUUCAUUGACAAGAACAGUUGCAGAUGUUGAAAAUGGUACAGAUAACUUGUCAAACUGCAUCACUGGUUAUAUAGGGAAGCGGACAACGAAAAAGAGCGAGGCAUGGUAUUGUAAUGCGCAUGGGAGGGUUAGGAUAAGGGUUAGGGGUCGGGUUUGGGUUAGGGUUAGGCUUAACCCAUACCUUAACCCUAACCCGACCUCUAACCUAACCAUAACUCAGGGUUAUCUCCCCAACACCAUACCUCGCUCGUUGUAAUUGUCCUCUUCCCGGUUAAAUCAAUAAUUGUAAUUAAUAUUUAAUAUGUGAAAAGUGCUCAAACACAUUUAUUAAUAUAUAAUAGAACGGACAGGUUUAUUGCAAGACAGUUGUAUCGGACCACAGUUGAAUCAUAACAACUCACACUUGUUUAAUAAAUGAAUGGAAAAAAAUCAUUACAGUUCAAAUCUAGAGGCAGUCUAGAGGGCCUCAAAAAUCUUCCUCAUGAAGGCACACCAUAUUUAUACUAGCUGAACAUGACUUUGAACAAUGUCUAUGGGAACUGUUUCAUCAAUAUGCACUAGUUUACGCAAUUGUAAUUUAUGUAUGAAAUUUAUGCAGUCGAACGUAUAUUUUUAUUUGAAGAUGCGCGUCUUCUCGCUGAAAAGUCGUAGUUUACGUUAGUCGUAGCCUAUUAUUGGUUCUACUACUGUUGGUGAAACGGCUCCCUGAUUCAAAUGCUUGCGUGUGUGUCAUUGAACAUUCUUGGCUCGAACCUCUGUUAGGUGGCUUCAUCAGUGAACAGUUUUAGAAAUAAUACAUUUUAGCACAGUUUUCCGUCCAAGGUGUUUAUGCAUUGCCCAUUAUGAUUAAUAAAUGGGACAUGUAUGAUGAAAAGUAUGCUGAUAUUAUUUGUAGAUUAUUAAAUUGUGGAAUGUGAUUUCGCAUUCAUAAUUGUGUGAUAGUUUCAAAUGCGCUAAGCAAUUGUAGAGUAAAUAUAAUAGAUGGUUAUACAAUUA